AUGUUAGAAGGGGAAACCGAACAUUGGUGGCGUUCAGUCCAGCAGGCCUGGGAAGAAGUGCAGAUGGUACCUACUUGGGAGAAAUUCCUAGGGGCCUUUAAUGAAAAGUAUUUCUCUAACUCGGUGAAGGAAAGGAAGGAGGUCGAGUUCAUAGAAUUGCAACAAGGGAGGCUGAACAUUGAUCAGUAUGCAGCUAAGUUCUUAGAGUUAUCUCGAUAUGCGCCGCACAUUAUCAACAUGGAGGCUCGUAAGGCAAACAAGUUUGAAAGGGGCUUGCGACCUGAUAUUCGGGGAAGAGUUAUGUCUGCCAAUCUUAAGGCUUUCUCCCAAUUGAUGGACUUGGCCAGGAAGAUAGAAAGGGAUGGCGAUAAUUACACGGCUAAGGAAGGAGAAGCAAAAGGCAAGGCCUCUGCCUUCAAGAGGUUUUCAAGAAAAAGGAAAUAG